CUCCUUAUCAGUAGAGUCCUUCAAACGUCGAUGAUAGAAUAUAAUAAAAAAAUAUUAUUAAAUAUUUUAUUGUAUCGAAGAACUAUUAACGAAAUCACUCAAACCGCAGACGACUUCUGCGAUAAAAUAUGUUGAAUAAUAUAUUAUGAUAAUAAGUACAAUGCAUACAUUACUCAUUAGUAAUGAUUAUCUUGUGAUUUCAGAGGCGUGUGCGCUUCGCUGGUAAACAAAAUAUUAAAUAAUAUGUUUGACUCGUCUUUGGGUGAUCGAUCAUUUACAUUUGGUUUGUGUUCUCAUCGGCAUAUUUAUCAGUUGAUGACGGCUCCGCUGCCGCCGCCGAUCACGUUGCAGAGGCCGUUGAAUCGCGACACGCAUGUUUCUGUUCAACUGCCGUCCCUUGAUGUCAUGUAUGACUGAUGUCACCAAAUCGACGUACCUGUCAUCUGGUAAAAAUAAUGGUAUUGUCAAGCCAUCCCAAUAUUCAACUAAAGUAAAACAUCAAAAUGGAACUAUUUGUAAUGGUCACCUAAAUCUUAAACCAUGGAAAAAGAACCUUUAUUCUAAUGAAGGUUAUCCAGAUAACUACACCGAUAAGUCUUUCCUAGAAGAAUUGAGGAAAAACCUUCAUGUAAGAAAACUUACACUUUUGGAAGCAAUCUUGGGAGCUGGUUUAAUUACACAAAGAUUAUGCAUAGUGGUAAUUUUUGCAUUAUCUUUUUAUGCACUGAAUUGCAAUUUAAUUUCUCCGCUAUUUUUACUCAUUUCUACUACAAGUUUUAGUUUUAUCGUUUACCUCUUACUUUAUGAAAAUUGUAAGACGAUUCCGUUAUGGUUGAUGAAGUCUGCGUUUGCAUUUGUCAUAUCUGGUUACGUUUUAUCGCCCGUGUUGAAAACACUCACUGAAACUAUAAGUACCGACACCAUAUAUGCCACAACUACAGUAAUGAUGUGCGUACACCUUGUAUUUUUCGACUACGGGGUUUCAGCAGUUAUAGUGUCAACAUCGCUGUCAUUGAAUGCUGCCUUAUUCGGUUCAAUUUGUCUGUGCUCAAGACUACAAACAGCUUUCCAUGUGUUUGUGUUUAUCACAAUAGCAGUACAGUGUUUUGCUGUAUCACCGAUACUUUUAUCGCCGAUCAAAUCUUCCAUUACCAUCUUAUUGUCAUUUGUAACUGUUACCUUUGUAUUGUGUAUAAGGGUGUCGUCAUUAAUGAGUGGACUAUUUAUACUCACUGUAUUGUUCAUUAAUCUGAUGUGCCCGUAUUAUUUUGUUAAAUGGCAUUCGUUCAAAGACAACAUUUAUGGACCAUGGGAUGAAGCUAUUGUGCAAGAUAUUAAAAUAAAAGAUUUUCAUGUAGACUGAAGAGUGAUGAGGGUUCUUUAUUUAACUACUGUUUAAGGAUGCGUGUUAUCGACAACCAGUAACUAUUAUCUUGGUUUUCCAGAAAGUUACCAUUCUUCUAUUAUGUAUUAAGUAUAAGUAAUUUAUUAUCAAUUGAAACCAAAUUUUGUUGGUUAAUUCCUUAAUGGCACUUUAGUGGUUGUAUUUUAAUUAUAAAUUAUGUUAAAAUUAAAAACAUCGCAUGUUAUAGUUCAUUUUUUAAAGUUUGU